UUCAGUACUAGCUGUACACUACUUAGGGAAAGAAACAAUCUUUUACAAGAAGAACUUGAUAUGAUGUUUGGCAGUGAUAUAGUGUUGAGUGACAGUGAAGAGCAAGCGAACAAAAUAAUUAUGAAGUUGAAAACGAAUGAAAUUGAUUACGCAUUUAAUAACCCUCAUUAUUUUAACUUUUCCAAACACUUCUUCGAAUAUAAGGAUGAAGUAAAAGAUACCAAAUUAUAUAGGAUAAUAAAAGAUAUGCCUAAAGGCGCAGUCCUUCAUGCGCACGACACAGCCAUUUUAGGCCCAGAUUAUAUUCUAGCAUUAACUUAUAAGGAUAAUUUAUUUGUAUGCUUUGAGGAAGAUAAUAUAUUAUUUUUGUUUUCUCUUGAAAUUCCUACAAAUCCUUGUAAAACUGUGUGGCAAUCUUUAAAAGAAGCCCGAUAUUCGUCAGGAAAUGUGGAGAAAUUUGAUGCAGCACUAAGAAAGCAUUUUACUCUAGUUACUAAGGAUCCUAAUCAGGUGUACCCGGAUAUUAAUGCAGCAUGGUCGAAAUUUCAACAAUAUUUCAUUAUAACCACUCCCCUUUUAUCUUAUAAACCUAUUUGGGAACAAUAUUUUUAUGAUACACUUAAAGCAAUAAGAGACGAUAACGUUAUGUACCUGGAAAUCAGAAGCGUAUUACCAACGCUUUACGAUUUACAUGGAAGGAAAUAUGAUACUAUAGACACAGCCGCAUCUUAUAAAAAGGUUUUAGACGAGUUCAUAAAAGAUUUUCCUGAUUUCUUUGGUGCGAAACUCAUUUAUGCUCCACUAAGAUCAGUAGACAAUAAAACUGUUAAAGAGUAUUUAAAGAUAGCUAAGGAAAUAAAAAAGAAAUUUCCUGACUUUCUCGCGGGAUUUGAUUUAGUAGGUCAAGAAGAUUUAGGUGUACCUACUAAAGAGUUUCUCCAGACUCUAACCGAAGCGAAGGAUGAAUUCGAAUAUUUUUUCCAUGCUGGUGAAACUAACUGGUUUGGAACUAGUUCUGAUGAAAAUCUGGCAGACGCGAUCGUACUGAACACACGUCGCAUCGGUCAUGCUUUUGCGAUUGCAAAGCAUCCUUUAUUAAUUGAAGAAGUUAGAAAAAGGGAUAUUGCACUUGAAGUAAACAUACUUUCAAACACAGUUCUAAAAUUAGUCGAGGAUAUAAGAAAUCAUCCUUUAGCAAUAUUUUUAGCGCAAAAUUUACCCAUAGUGAUAUCAAGCGACGAUCCUGGGUUGUGGGAAGCAGAACCUUUAACUCAUGAUUAUUAUGUUACAUUUAUCGGUGUAGCCAGUCGUCACGCUGAUAUAAAACUUCUUAAGAAAUUAGCGCUUAAUUCUUUGUACUAUAGUACAUAUAACAACAAGGAUAAAAUGGUUCAUGAAUUUGAAAAACGCUGGACUAAGUUUAUAAAUACGAUUGUUGAGAAUAAAUUGAUUGUUUAAUUGAAAAAACCUCUCGUAUGAUUUUUUAAAAAUAAAUUUCUUAAUAUCA